AAAAAGAAGAGGAAGAGAUUAUUAUUCAUCGUAAUUUCCAUUUUCCCACAAAGGAAUCACACUAAAAAGAAGGCCAAAGGGAAGCAAUGCCCAUCUCUUCCUCUCCCACCUCGUCGUGAAACUUUGCCCUUUAAAGACUACAUUUAAAUAAGAUUCAUGGCAACGACUCAAUCACACGCCACAGAUCUUGCUUCAGAGGAGCAACCUGCUAAUCUGGACAUCAUGAAGGAGCAGCCUGUCCCGGCAAACAACGAGACAUCAGCCUCUUUCAAGCCCUCUCAGGAAUCUGCGGUUGUAGUUCAUCCAGCAAAAGUUGCUCCACUGUCUGGACCUUAUGGUUUAGCAGGUGAUUUUGCAGGACACUUACCUAGCAGCAUCCUCUCUCCUCAAGCGCAAGGCUUUUACUACAGAGGUUAUGAAAAUCCAACUGGCGAAUGGGACGAAUAUUCUUCGUAUGUCAAUGUUGAAGGCUUGGACAUCACAUCUCCUGUUGGCUUCAAUGAGAAUGCUUCUCUUGUGUACCAAACGGGAUAUGGUUACAACCCUCAAAUGCCAUACGGACCAUAUUCCCCUGCUGCAAGUCCCUUGCCUUCUGAGGGGCAGCUGUACUCGCCACAGCAGUUUCCGUUUUCGGGUGCAUCGCCGUAUUACCAGCAGGUAGUUCCUCCUAGCAUGCAAUAUAUUACUUCACCAACUCAGCCCGAGCUCACCAGCCUUGUCGGUGUUGACCAACAAGGUGAUAACAUCGGACCACGCCCCUCAUACCAUCCUCAUCCUAUUGGACCGUUUAAUGGAAACCAGCCAAACCUUGGCUUCCCAGAGUGGCAGCAAGGCUUUGACGGGGGAAUAUGGUCGGAUUGGUCCAAGCCUUCUGAUAUGCACAGACACUCUUCUCCUAUUUCACCGGCUUUAUCUCCUCAGCCACUCGGUUCAUUUGGAUCAUAUGGCCAGAACAUUCCCAUGGGGUCACAGCGACAGAGAUCGUUCUACGGUUUUGGAUCUGGUUCGAACUCUUAUAACAGAGGUUAUAUGCAUAGUGGUGGUCGUGGCCAGGGCUCUAACUAUGGAAGUAGGCUAAUGUCUAAUGUGGGUAUGGGAAACCAAGGCUGGAUCGGGGUUGACAACUCCCGAGGGCGUGGAAGGGUUAGUGAUCCGUCCCUUGGUGGCGGUUAUAAUGGUACUUUUGAUAUACUCAACGAGCAAAACCGAGGACCGAGGGCUUCAAAGCCCAAGACUCAGAUAUCAGAGGAGCUUGAUUCUUCUGCUGAUACUAAGAAAAAUAACAAAGGAAGUCCCAUGGAACAUGAGGAAUCGAACAACAGCAAUCCUGACUUUGUCACCGACUACAAUGACGCCAAGCUCUUCAUAAUCAAGUCUUACAGUGAAGACAACGUUCACAAGAGCAUCAAAUACAAUGUGUGGGCUAGCACCCCUAAUGGCAACAAAAAGCUCGACGCUGCUUAUCGUGAGGCCAAGGACGAGAAAGAACCAUGUCCAGUGUUUCUUCUGUUCUCUGUAAACGCGAGUUCUCAGUUCUGUGGUGUAGCGGAGAUGAUCGGACCUGUGGAUUUCGAGAAGAGUGUUGAUUACUGGCAACAGGACAAGUGGAGUGGGCAGUUCCCAGUGAAGUGGCACAUUAUCAAAGAUGUUCCAAACAGUCAGUUCCGCCACAUUAUAUUGGAAAACAACGACAAUAAGCCCGUGACUAAUAGUCGAGACACCCAAGAGGUGAAACUGGAACAGGGCAUCGAGAUGCUCAAGAUUUUCAAGAGUUACGAUGCUGACACGUCAAUCUUGGAUGAUUUUGGGUUUUAUGAAGAGCGGGAGAAGAUCAUACAGGAACGGAAGGCAAGAAGACAGCCAAGCUUGCCAUCUGCUGUAGGAGAAAACGAACAUAAACCCGCUUCUGCUGCAUUGCCCACAGACUUCAUCAAGAACAUGUCCAAGAGUUUUGCGCAGGUUGUCCGCUUGGAUGAGGGCAACAACAAAGAAGCAGGCAAGGCCAGUUCGUCUCCAGAUGAAAUUACAACAACCAUAGCCGUCACUUCUGGUCAAUCCAACUAGUAAGUAAAAGACAGUCAAUUAGCAACGGCACUAUGUUUCUCAAUUUCCAUAAUGAUCUUUUGUUUGGUUCUAAGAAGGAAGGUAUUCAAAUGAAAUUUUUACGUCUGACCGGGUUUGGUUUUUGUGUAAAGUAAGCCUCUUUUCUCCAUUUUUCUGUUCCCAGCCAAUUUGAUUAAUUUCCCUCUUUUCAAUGUUCUCUGUACCCUCUCUCUCUUCGGGGUUGAUAGAAGAAGAAGAUGAAGAUGAUGUAUGAAAGACAAUAUAUAAUGUUGCUCUUGUAAAGUUGCUUCAUAUAUCUUUGCAGGCAGUAUUUAAUAAAAUAUGCAGAUUACAUCCAUCAAUCAAUAAUAGCUCUAAAGCUGUCUUUAUCUCUCCAAAUUUUG